AUUUUCCUACAUUGCGCUGGUAGGCUUCUGUUAUCACACAGGUGACUUCCCUUCAUCCCAUCUUUUAAAUACUUUUACACCUGUAGAUCUUCACCUUUCUCUAAGCUCUUCUACCUAGAUUCUUAAGCCUGGACUUUUCCUACCAUCUAUCUAGCUCUUUGGUUUUCUCCCUCUCCUUCAAUUCAACAACAUGAGUGUGGACCCAGCUUGUCCCCAAAGCCUGCGUGGCCCCGAAGCAUCCAAUUCUAGGGAAUCUUCACCAAUGCCUGAGAUUUAUGGGCCUGAAGAAAAUUAUGUGUCCUUGCAAAUGUCAUCUGCUGAGACCCACGACAUGGAGACUGUCUCUCCUCUUCCUUCCUUCUCCAUGGAUCUGCUUAUUCAGGACAGUCCUGAUUCUUCCACAAGCCCCAGAGUAAAACUACUGGCCAUGGCUGCAGACAAGAGCACAGAGAAGAAGGAAGAGAAGGUCCUGAUCAAGAAACAGAAGACCAGAACCGUGUUCUCUCAGACGCAGCUGUGUGUGCUCAAUGACAGAUUUCAGAGGCAGAAAUACCUCAGCCUCCAGCAAAUGCAAGAACUUUCCAACAUCCUGAACCUUAGCUACAAACAGGUUAAGACCUGGUUCCAGAACCAGAGAAUGAAAUGUAAGAGGUGGCAGAAAAACAACUGGCCGAGGAAUAGCAACACUGUGACUCAGGGCCCAGCAACUACAGAAUACCCGGGCUUCUAUUCCUACCACCAAGGAUGCCUGGCGAACUCUUCCGGAAACCUGCCCAUGUGGGGUAACCAGACCUGGAAUAACCCAACUUGGAGCAACCAGAGCUGGAAUAGUCAGUCCUGGAGCAACCACCCCUGGAACAAUCAGACCUGGUGCCCCCAAGCCUGGAAUAACCAGACUUGGAACAAUCAAUUCAACAACUAUGUUGAGGAAUUCCUGCAGCCCCAGACCCAGUUCCAGCAAAAUUCUCCUGUCAGUGACUUGGAGGCCACCUUGGAAACUGCCGGCGAAAGCUAUAACAUAAUACAGCAAACUGCUAAGUAUUUCAAUUCCCAACAGCAAAUCAUGGAUUUAUUCCCAAAUUACUCUCUGAACAUACAGCCUGAAGAUUUGUAACGAU